AUGAAUCGAAAUUUGAGACCAUCAACACAAGUUGUUGUUGAUGGUAAAUUGAUGGUAACAUUGAUUUUAUUUAUUUUAACAUUGAUUGGAUGUGUGUUAUCUGAAGUUGUUAUUCCAAUCAAUCAGGCACAAGAAGGACAUGUUGAAGCAGGCAAUUCAGUCAUUUAUAAAUUUGAAAACAUUCCUGAACUUGCCACUGACAACUCUACACUCUCUUUCAUAGUGACUACUCUUUCCGGUGAUGCUGAUAUUUAUGUAUCUACAACAGGUGCUCCAGAUUUUACUAAUCCAAACACCUAUCAAUGGAAAUCUGUUAUUCAGGACGGAACUGAUACUGUCACUCUCUCAAAAACAACAGAAGGAUAUAAGAGUGGAGGACCAUAUUAUGUUGCUGUGAAUGGUUUCCAAGGUCCAGCCAUGUACACAAUUAUUGGUUUACAUUCUGAUAAUCAUGUUAAAGUUGUUCAAGGUUUUCCACAAAAUGUUUUUGUAGGAUCCGGACAGUAUGUCUAUUUUUCAUAUGAUGUGACAAGUAAUGGAUUAUUUACAAUUUCUGUCACUUCUUUAUACGGAGAAGCAAAUCUUUAUGUUAGUACAACAAAUCAAAAGCCAGAUGCAUCAUCAUAUAAUUAUAAAAAGGAGUCACUAGGAGAUGAUUUCCUUUCCAUUACACACUCUGGUGAAGUUCCAACCACUUACUAUAUUGGUAUUAAAGGAGAUCAUAGUUCACAAACUCAAUUCAGCUUACAAAUAACUUCACCAGAUGUUCAAGAUAUUAUUGCUGAUGGUAUUCCUCUUUAUGCCAGACUUUACAGCAGAUCCACAACUUACUACAAAUUUUUCUUAUCAAAAGUUGUUCAAGAUUUGACAAUUACAGCUGACAGAAGAACAAUGCUUGGUGAUCCAGAUAUUUUUGUUUCAAGACUUUACCAAUAUCCAAACUCAUCUGCUUGUGAAUGGUCUCACUCUCUUCAUGGUACCAGUUCUAUCCAAAUUUCAGAACCUGAACAUUUGUACCCAGGUUGGUUCUAUAUUGCUAUUCACGAUGAUUCCGUUUUUUCUACUGACUAUGCACUUUACAUUUCUUCAACUUUUGCUCACACUAGACUUUCUAAUGGUCUUCCUCUUUCAAAACAAUUAAUAGGUUAUAAGACUGAUUAUUAUGCAUACUAUGUUGAACCAAACAAUCUUGGAGGAUUUACUACUUUAGAUAUCUUUGUUACAAGUGCAUCUGGAGUUCCUUUAAAUGUUUAUGGAAGUACUAUUAACAGAUAUCCAAAUGAAAAUUCUCAUGACUUGGUUGGUACUUUUAAUGGAGCCUCAUUUGUAUUACACAAGGAUGACUCUCCAUCUGGAAUGUACUAUGUAGCAGUUACAUCCACCACAAAUAGCAAUUAUACCAUUGUUGUAUCAUCUGCCAAUAGAUUUAUUGAAUUAGUUGACACAGUUCAAUAUUCUUAUACAGUUAAUAAGAGAGAUUAUAGAAAAUUUGUUCUCCCAAUUUCAGAUAAUAGUGUUGAUGUCAGUUUUUCCUUGUCAACUAUUAGCGGUGAUGCUGAUAUGUACAUUUCAACCAAUCAAUUAGUUGAUAGAGCCAACUACAAAUGGAAGGCAGCAUCUUACGCAAGGAAUGAACUUAUUCAUAUUGCUGCAAAUGAUCCUUUAAGACAUAGUCCUGAAUUUGAUGGAAGUCUUUAUGUUGCCGUUUAUGGUUAUGCCGCAUCUUCCUUUAGUAUUGUGGCUUAUUUACACACAGGUCAACCAAUAGAAUUGGAAAGUGGAGUUCCUGUAUAUGGAGUAUUGGAGAAUGAUAUGUCUUCUCAAAAUUACAAAUAUUACCUCAGUACAACCAGAGAUUUGAGAAUUGUUGUACAACCAGGAAGUGAGUCUCACGACCCAGAUAUUUAUGUCAGUAGAACCAAUCCUAACCCAGGACCAUCUAGUUAUGACUAUCGUUCUAUUUCAGUUGAUGACGAUGUAGUUAGUAUCCCUUCUGCACAACCAGGCAAUUAUUUCAUUUCUGUUUAUACAUUCUUCCCAAAUACCUCAUACAUUCUCACUGUUUCAGCUGGAUCAAUGGAAUUACGUACUUUUGGUAUCCCAAUUAUUGAUACAGUAGCAAAAGGUCAAACCAAGGACUAUUAUUCAAUUCUUUCAACAGAAAACUUUGUUAUUGGUGUUACUCUUAUUGAUGGUAAUACAAACUUGAAAAUUACUAACAAUACUUUUACCAAAUCUGAUAAUGGAUAUCCAGGUAAUUAUGUCUCUUUGAGCGCAUCUGAAAUUACUGAAGUUGGUACCUGGAAAACUUCUGUUUAUGGUGUAGAAGAUUCAACUUACUAUAUUCAUGCUUCUUCUUUGAGCUUCCAAGCUGAAUUGAAGGUAGGUUUGCCAGUUAUUGGUGAAGCUUUCUGUUGUGGAGAAACAGGUUCCCUUUUUGCUUACAAUGGAAUUUUGGUCAGCAAUACAGAUUAUUUGGUUUAUGUUAAUUCACUGUAUGGAGAGGAUAGCUUUACUGCUGUCUAUGUUGAUCAAUAUCCUAAUACCAAUCCAACUCCAACAAGCCACAAAUGGUCUGCUCAAGGAAGUGACGACUUGAUUGUUAAACUCCCAGCCAAUCAAUUAGAUGUUGUAAAAUCUCUUUAUAUUUCUGUUUACUCAUACAGAGGUUUAGCUAGAUUCCAUGUCACUUUGGAACAAUCUGGAGCUCCAAUAUUUUUGACUUCUGAUUCUCCUAAUUAUGUAUUUGGUAAUCCAGACCAAUCAGAUUAUUUUAAGGUAAUGAGUUUAAGAAAUUCAGCUGGACUUAAUGCUGUUUUGGAAUCUUGUAAUGAUUUGGAAGCAGCACCAUUCUAUGUUUCCAACAUUAACCCACAACCAACACAAAAUAAUAGCUAUGUUUCUCAAGCUGAUGGUAAAUUUAGACAAAUUAUAACAACAACCAAGUCUGAGACAAAUACUUUCUAUUAUAUUGGUACUUCCAAGUUGCAACACGCAUUGCCUUAUACUAUGUUUGCUACAACAGGUACUGAUAAGAGACCAAUACCAAAGAAUAAUGGUGUUCUCAUUCCUGGACCACUCAUGUCAGUAAAUAGCAAGAGAAUUUCAGUUCCAAGUGUUGAAGGAGACUCUCAAGGUGUUUCUUACUUGGUUUACAAACGUAUAUUAACUCCACAAGAAGACCCAGCCAAUGUCAAUAUGCAAACAUUGUGCGCAAUUAAGGAAGAAGCUCAAUUGGUCGGAGAAAUUGCUACACCACCAUCUGGCGCAGAUUUCGUUGAUUAUGAUGUACCUGUUGGAUUUAAUGAAAGAUCUGUAAUUAACGUAAUCGCCAAGAAUAGCUAUGGUGUUUCAUCUGCUUAUAAGCCAAUUUUCAUUGGAAUUGAUAACAACGAUUAUCUUAUUGAUGGUGUUUCCCUUCUUUCAUCAACCAAUGAAACUAACAGAUGCUCCCAAUUUAUUUUCACUGCCACACUUUUGGAUACUGAGACUGUAUCUUUUAUUGUUACCCCUUUCUCUGGUGAUGCCGAUUUAUUUAUUGCUAAUAAGCCACAAGCCUCUGAAUCUAACUUUGUUUAUGCAAGCCGUAAUCACGGAUUUGACAUUGUUUCGUUCACUAAAGGAGAUCCUAAAUAUUUCCCUGGCCCAUACUAUAUUGGAGUUUGUGGAUUGAAUGAUGGUAUCACUGAAUUUAGCAUUAUCGCUUCAACAUCUAACAAUCCUAUUAAAUUGAAGGAUGGUCAACCUCAACUUAUGACAACCAAGACUCUGGAUUACAGCUACUUUACUUUUGACCUUGAAGGAUCAGAUGAUUUUACCGUAACUGUCACACCAUUGACCGGAGAUCCAGAUGCUUAUUUGAGUACAAAUCCUAAACCAUCAACAUUUAGCUUCAUGUGGAGCAGUGAACAAAGUGCUGUUGAAAUUAUCAAUGUUAAAAGCUCAGACAAUCAAUUCAAACCAGAUGUUACAUAUCAUUUGAGCAUUUUUGCUUUCUCCGCUGAUACUAUUUAUUCAGUUGUCAUUACUAGAAAUACCUCAAUUUCUACUUUGAUGCAUGGUGUUAGUAUGGGAGGUAGAGUUCAAUCACCAUAUUCAUCCUAUUAUAGAUUCAAACUUACUCAUCCAAGUAAUGUUACAAUCACUGUUAAUCCAUUGAAUUCAUUGGGUGAUCCAGACAUUUUUGUUUCAACUCACGACAAUAAUCAAUAUCCUGACUUUUUACAUCAUGAUUUCUAUGCCUUCUCCAGAAGUGUUGACACAUUGACAAUCAAGACAACUGAUCAAGGGUGGAGAAUGGGAUGGUAUUAUAUUGCAGUUGCAGGUUAUAGAGAACAAACAGAAUUUGAAAUUACUGUUUCUUCUUCAGAUGAAGUAAUAGUUCUUGAAGAUGGUGUUUCCCUUACCACUUCAAGUUAUGUUGAUGAAUGGAAGUAUUAUGCUUUCUUCUAUGGAUUUGAUGCCAACUCACUCACUUUCAGUGUUAGAUUAGGUACAGGUAUGAGAUCUGAAAUGGUUUGCAGUAAGACUAACUCACACCCAUCAAGAGACAAGUAUGACUUUUUGGGAGAAAACACUGGAGCUGAAUUGCUUGCUGUAAUUCCUGAAAAAUCAUCUAUCGGAUGGUAUUAUUGUGGCGUUCAUACUUUCACUGCAAGUGACUAUUCAAUCACUGCUUUUACAAACCAAAGAGCAAGAUUAUUGCAAGAUGCUACUAUGAGUACAAAUAACAAUGUUAGAGCUAAAUAUUAUGUUUACUUUACCUAUACCUUACCUCCUUUUGUUAACAUGACUGACAUUAAUAUUGUAGCCUACAUGAAUCAAGGAGAUGGUGAUCUUUAUGUUUCCACUAAGACUAAUAGACCAACAGACAAGAAUUAUCAAUGGCAUUCCACUUCGAGUGUGAAUGAAAAUUUGGUCAUUGCCAAGAGUGAUAUUGGUUCUGAUUCCAGAGAAUUAUUCAUUGGUGUUCAUGGUUGGUCCAACGCUUUGUUUGACAUUGUUGUUUAUGGUUUGGAUACUGUUUUAGAUCUUAAAGAAAAUAGUCCAGUUCUUGGUGAUUCUCAAAGUAACAGUUAUAAGAGAUACUCAUUCAAGCUUGAAAAUAGAGGUGUUUUGAGAAUUGAUCUCUCAGUUUUGUCUGCUUACCCAUCUGAUUGUGAUUUCUUUGUUAGUAUGACACCAUACCCUACCAAGAAUCAUUACACAUGGAAGAGUGACAAGUUUGGAGAUGAUACACUUCAAAUUGAUGAGGCUGAAGCUGGAACUUAUUACAUCUCAGUUUACACAACAUUUAUUGCUUCUAGCAAAUUCUCUCUUACUGUUUCUUCUGCUUAUUCAUUGGUUAAUGAUGGAGGCCAAAUUCUUGACUUUGUUGAUAGUGGUGCUGUAAGACGUUAUAAGAUUUUGAUUCCAGAACAAGCUGCAUCUAUUAGUAUUACAACAGUUGGUAUCAAUGGUAGAACAGUAAUGUAUGCUAGUAACAAUGAAACUUUCCCAACCAAAGAUUACUUUGUUGCCUCCUCAGAUACUGUUCAUGGUAAUGGUAUUUUAGUUCUUAAAUCUGAUUCAAUCUUUGCAACUGGAGUAUGGACAGUUAGUGUAUAUGGUAUAACUCCUGCCUCUUUCUACUUGUCCUAUCAAACCUCUCAAGGUAUUUUGAGAGCUGGUGUUCCACGUGUUGGUAUUACCACUCUUACAAAUACUGCUAAAUACUUGUUACCAAUUUCUAGUGCUCAACCAUUGUCUAUCAGUGCUAGAGUCUUUGAUGUUGUGAAUGACUGUAUUAUGGUUAAUGCUUAUCAAAAUCCAAGUGUCAAGGCUAGUGCCAAGUCUGAUCCUAGAAUUAAUAAUGGUGUUCUUUUGGAAUAUGCCCAAAUUUCUUCAACUCAACUCUUGACUGUUGAAGUUUCUGCAUGCUCUAAUAGAGUUCAAUAUGAGAUUGUUGUCGCAGCUAAGGAUCAACCAACCUAUUUGUCACAAGAUUACUACUCUUUGUUUGUUUCUGAGGCUAACACAUUUGAUAUCUACAGUCCAAAAUCUGCUCAAGCUUUAACUGUUCAAUAUGAUUCUUGUGAUUCUACUUCAAUUAAAGAUACUCUCAAGGUUUUCAUUGGUAAGAAUAGAAUUCCAACUUCACAAGAUUUUGAUCAAGUUGGUGUUGCCAGAAAUAGAUAUUCAAGCAACAUUGUAGUACAAAGUGCUGUUCCAAAAGCCAAUUACUAUGUUACCACUGUUGGUACAUCUCCACAAUUCUUCUCUCUCUUUACUACUACCUCCAGUCCUGAUCCAAGACCAGAAGCUGUUCCAUUCACUGUUAAGCCAACAAAUACUGUUUCAAAGGAUGGUAAAACUCAACAAGAAUACAGUGUUUCCAUCGAUGUUCCAAAGAGUAAGGACCACACCACCUUCUAUAAGGUUGUUGCAUAUGGUUUGAGUGAAAAGCAUAAAGGACAAUCCGAUGAACAAGUUAUGUCAAGCCUCAACUUCCACACUCUCUGCGCCAUUAAUUCCAAGUCAAAUUUACAGACCGUUGGUUAUGGAAAUAGUUUGAGUUCAUCAUUGACAAUGUCUUUGUUUGCUGAUGAAGAUUACAUUGUUAAUAUUAUUACUUCAUAUGGUGAAUCUGGUCAACUUCAACAAGUUUCUACUCCAAUAAUUAUCAGAAGAAAUGAUAGUGCUGUAAGCCCAGGUGGUAUUAUACUUCUCAUCCUUGUUAUUUUGGUUGUUUUGUAUUUGUCUAUUGGUUCUAUUGUCAAGGUUGUUAAAUAUAAGGCUAGAGGAGCUGAAAUUAUUCCAAAUACUGGAUUCUGGAAAGAAGUUUUCAGCUUAUUCUGGGAAGGUUGCCAAUUUGUUUUCUUGUGUGAAAUGUUCAGACGUCGUCAAACUUCUGAAUAUGACACUAUGGAUGAGGAAGGUGUUGCAGAGGAUAACUCAAUUAAUAACCCAGACGCUUAUCAAAAUAAUGGUGAACAAGAUGAUGAUGACGAUGAUAUUAACCCAUUUGCUCAUUCCACAAGACAAACUCCAGAAAAUGGCUACACAACCAUUAUUUAAAUAAAUUAUUUUUUAUUUA